AUGAUCAAUGCCGCAGUAGUUUACCCAACUCAGCAAGAUCUAAAUCAUGCAUUUCACACCUGUGGGGUCUUCUCCACUCUCGCGGUUUUCAUGAUAAAUGCUGUGUCAAAUGCUCAGGUUCGGGGGGAUAGUUACAGUGAUGGAUGCCUGGGGAGGACCGGGGCCCGGAUUUUGCUCUUCAUUGGUUUUAUGUUGAUUUUUGGAUCUCUUAUCGCUUCCAUGUGGAUCCUGUUUGGAGCUUGCGUUAUGAAAGGUAUAAAUGUCUACCCUGGACUUGCAGUAUUUUUCCAGAACGCUUUAAUAUUCUUUAGCACCUUGAUCUACAAAUUUGCAAGAACAGAAGAGCUAUGGUCGUAGGAAUAUGGAAUCCAAAACCUUGCUUUCUUGUUCCUCAUUCAAACUGCUGCACCGUCCCUCCCAUGUUAAUACACAUUGCCGUCCAGCCGGUUUUAGAUUUUUCUUGUAUUUUGUUAGCCUCAUCACUGUGUUAAGAGCUGAAGAGGGGGCUCUUUAAGCUGUAUAUUUAUGGAAAAUUAAAUCUAUUUUGACCAUUUCGGACAAAACCUGGGAAAUAUUUGUCAGUAGGGAUACUUAACUGUCAGUCCAUUUUUUUGCUACCUGUAG